AUGGAUCUCUUCGCCGCCGCCUGCGACAACUUCGGCCUGGUCAUCAACACGAAGAAAACGGUGGUCAUGCAUCAACCGCCACCCAACGCUGCCUACGUCGCACCCCAAAUCAACGUGAACGGAACCCAAAUGCAAGUAGUGGACAACUUCAUCCACCUCGUCAGCACCCUCUUCCGCGCCACCAAGAUCAGUGAUGAAGUAGCCCGUCGGAUCUCCAAAGACAUCCAAGCCUUCGGCCGUCUGCAAAGCACAAUCUGGAAUCACCACAGUCUCCAUCUCAACACCAAACUGAAGACGUACAAGGCGGUCAUCCUGCCGACGCUGCUAUAUGGAGCUGAGACCUGGACGGUGUACAAGAAACAGGUUCAAAGAUUCUAUUACUAUCACCUCAGCUGUCUUCAUCGGAAACUGAGACUGAGAUGUCAGGACCGGAUCCCAACACUAGCGUACUGGAGCGGACGGAAAUUCUCAGCAUCUACGCCAUGUUGAGACAGCAACGACUGCGCUGGAGAUGCCACAUCGUGCGGAUAAAUGACGAGCGGCUACCCAAACAACUCUUCCAUGGAAAUGUCACCACGGGUUCCCCCCGACAAGGAGACCAAGUCAGUCGAUAGGAGGACACUCUGAAGGCUUCCCUGAAACGUCUGCAGAUCAGCACGUCCAAUCGGGGAGACCUCGCACGAGACUGACUGACCUGGAGGAAAACAGUGAAGACAGGCGCAACGAUCUACGAAGCCAAACUUAUCACCGCCGCCAGAGCCGAACGCGAAGCUCGCAAGUCCCAACUGCGCGCACCUCGCAACGCCAACACGCAACUACCCCCGACCUGCCAACGCUGUCAGAGGACGUUUCGGUCACCAGUCAGCCUUUUAGGACAUCUUCGUACCAAUUGCAGCACCCGGACUACACCAGCUGCUAGCCCCCGUCAAACUCUGUCUGGCCCACCUCGCCGACAACUAACACUGACCGCACUCCCGAACCCCCACUACCAUCCUCCUCUUCCGUUGCCUCAACAUCCGCUACGGCGGCUCCUGUAUCCACCACCACUGCACACAAUCCUGACACACCAAAAAUCAUCAACCUCCCCCCCCCCCACCACCAACAACCCUAGCGAUGUUGACCCUAUCCAUACCUGUCCUCAUUGAAACCGCGCCUUCACUUCACACAUCGGCCUGCUCGGACACUUGCGAAUCCAUCGCACAGAGACCGGCCAACCCGUAAACGGAACACCCAAAUACAUUCGCCGCAUCCGCCUCAACCGCCCUCAUCGCACCCGCACAUUCAUCCGCCGCAUAUGAUUACUAGGCCACAUGCGCAUUCACGAAAACAUGCGGUAGGUAGCCGCCGGCUAAACCACACCAUCACAUCUCCCACCACCUACAUCACACGACAUCAUCAUCACCCACCAAAAGCAUUCAAUUGCUACCUUCUACGCCACUGGGGAGUGUGCAUCUCGACUCCGUCUCCAUGCGGCCCCUUCUGCAUGUGUGAUUCGAAUCUGAGACUAUCACGGCGCGUCAAGCGCCGUGGCUUGGAAGGCUGCUGACUGAUGCCCCAACUUAGUCCAUGCAGUCUGCCCAGUUGUGUGUGUGUGUGUUUGUGUGGAGUGGCGGACUGAGAACCAGCCUGUAGCGGCUCAUUCUCAACGUGACCUGUGGCACUCUCACGCAUGUGAGAUGUACGUCUCCUAAUCCCCCUUGUGCGGACUUCUGGUGCUUGUGGUUUGGGGGCCAGGUCGUGCAUGUGGCGCACGCAGAUAAGGUCACUAGACUAUGUCAGCCGCGGCGCCCAAUCCCGCAUCAGUCAGCUGACCGGCUCGGGCAGUGGCUGGGACCUGAGAAUGGGGCACAAGAGUGAUAUCGACAAAUCAGCGCACUUUCCUCAUCAUAAAGAAUCUGACGCACUAGAAGCUAUCACGGUGCGCUAAAAGUUGCGGAUUGGAAGGUUGCCAACUGACGGGAUAACCUGGAUCUCGCAGUCGGUCCAGUGUUGUGUGUUUGUCUGGGGCGGCCGGCUGGUGGUCUAAGCAUGAGUCUGCAAUGGCUCCUCCUUAGUGUGGCCGUUAUGGCACUCCCAUUCCGCGUGAUCUGAGCUAGGUGUGAUGGCCCACCUAGGUGCGGCUCCGGCUGCGCCAGCCACCCUUUUGUUGUUGGUUAAAAUUCUGGUCAUUUGUUGUGUGGAACAGGAGGUUUGGAGCGGAACGCCAAGGUGUGAGCUCGACUGUGCCAUCCACUUGCGUCCUCCGCCCGCCUCCGGUCUUCUUUACUCUGUCUUGACACGGGGCCCAGUUGGGAAAAGAGGAGAGAGUGGGGUAGAUGCAGCGCAAGUCUAAAUUCACUAUAAACUAAACCACGCGCCUAGUCACCGUGUCUGCUUCACCUUGCUGUGGAGCACACGGUCGAACUGUCAGAUGACAUUGUUGGAAUACACUCGCCAAUUCCCUCUGAGACGGCAAUGUGGGGAAAAGCGCCACCUCUUAAACGCCCGUAUGUCCGUUUUGGCGGAUGUUUUCUACAUUUCUGGUAGUAAAUAUUUCAGGAGACGGUUUUCUCACGAAUUUUUUAUUAUGAAGGCAAUCUCGCUCUCUAUCAUGUCCGCAGAGCAUAUUCUUCUAAUUCGGCGAGUUAGGCAGCGAACUUGGCUUUGUUUCUGCUGUAAAAGGACAAGAUACGGUAAUUUGUGUAUUGUCCCGUCCCCGUUUUCUUGCGGAAUAUUAUUCUACCAAAUAGAACUUCCAUAUAGAGAAGACUCUUCUCCUUUUUUACAUAAAUGAAAACCGACAAUGGAUGAACUUUAUUUAAUUACUCAGAAGAGCGUCCAGACUAAGCUUUUCCUCCGCUGUUACAAAGACUUCGAUAUAUCUAAUAAUAAGAAGCGAGGUCUUCCAUAAAGGAAUGAAUCUGGUUCUUCUCGAGUUUCUACAUGAAAACAUCCGCUGGUGGGCUUCCAGGGUAGGAUACCACCACUACUUCUUUGGUUCAAGAGUAAACAGGCCGUUAAAUCUGAUUUGAGCAUCUACACAGCGAAAGUGAAGCUCCCUUUACGGCUACAACAGGAAUGCCAAAUGGGAAAUCUUUAUUAACGAUAUCUUCGCAUGAAUAUUACAUCUUCUCUAUGAAGAAACCACUAGUGGAUAAAGUUUUUUCACUUGCGGCUCACAUUUCCCAUAAAAUCCAUGAAUUCAGGUGUGUCCCGUAGCCUGCGCGUCGCAACUCUGCGUUCAAUUAGCUUAAGGGUUACUUUCCGCUAUCUUGUAUUUUGGCGAUAAGACAGAUUGCACAUGUCUAAUACUGACCGCAUAGCAGGGUCUAGUUUGUGAAUCUUUGGUAGACUACACAACUUUAAGGGGGCUUGAGUUAGGAAACUUAAAAUCUUAGAAGGCCAAAUUCUAUUUCGUAGCCGUACCUGUUAGGGGUUAUGUUAACGCUGGUCUACUGCAGGUAUGGCUACGAAAUCAGAUCCGACCUAUCAGAAUUCUUGUUCACUAAGUAAACGUGGGUUUUUCCGUUGCAGAAGACAUACUAUAGAUGGGGUUUCUAGGAGAUCCGUCUGGUUCUAAUGUUGCCUUCUUCUUCUGAACUCAGUCUCAUCAAUCGAAUUCAUUCAAUUUUUGAAGCAUUAUCACCCUUUCAUUAGAACGAUACCGGAAUUCUUGUUGGACCUGACGUCGGCUAUUUCCUUGCUUUGGUGUAGGUCUUUGAGUUUGUUAACUGAGCUGCUUGGCAUAUCAGAUUUAUAUUGUUUGUAGCUCCAAGAGUGAACAUAAAAUACUCGGCUUCCGCCGGUGUUGUGGGCGCUAGGCCGUGUAUUUUUUCAAACUAAGCUUCGUCCAUAAAUCUGUUUGGUCUUUGAUUAAGAAAUCAACAUUUGUAACUAAGAAAUAGUAUUUUAACCAAUUUUUCUCGAGAGCCGAGUUUCUAAAAUUUUGUAAAUACCGUUCCGUAGCAUUUAGUAAAGUGGCCUGUGCUUUCUCAUGAAGAUGUUUCAUGCAAUUCACUUCGGCCGGUGGCGUGGUUACGAUCUUAACAUAUCUCUCAUAGUGUAGUCGUGCUUCAUCAGUCUUUUUGUGUAAUAAAGCCAUGCUUUCAUAUAGGUUAUGCCGCGGUUCUCCGGUUUCCGUCGUGACAAAACCUAGUCAGUCCUGAGUAAGUACCCCUGGUCUUGCAGUUGAGCUACAGUGCGUGACCUAUCUCAUGAAAUGUUGGCUGAAAUUCUGAAAUGCGUUUUCGAUUAGGAAGGAUUACUUGGUCGCGGUUGUAAUACUGAUUAACUUAAGGCAUACUCUUAUAACAUUUUGGACUCGGCAGGAUGUUGGCUUUUAAAUGAACUUCUUUUCACUAUCCUGUGAAAAGCGUGCUCGGUAAAAAAAUGACUACUUAAGUAGCAUGCAUUUUUCCCAUUGAUUUUCUAUGGUCUUGCAAAUUCAAAUAUAAUUUAUAGAAACCACAAACAAAAAUAUGCUUUCUUUUAGUCAAUCAAUAGAGAACCACGUCUUCUUUAUAUUUUAUACUUAAGGAAGGAGUAUAAUUAGGUUUUAAAAAAGUUUUCUAAUUGCCGAAAAAUUUGGAGCCUGAUCAUUCAUCGCAUUAGCGCUUAGGGAUUUCAUUCUACAAGGUGCAUGCGUUCCGCGUAAAGAAAAUCACAUAUUUUUCUAUGUCAUUAAAAAGAUAUCAUACAGAAUCCAUAAAAUUUUGCAAUGGAUGCGGACCAUGUUGUACAUUUCAUGAGGAGCAAUGGUAAACGGCCAGGUACGAUGCUAUGUGGAUGGACAUAUGGCGGUCUUAAAAAGUUUCAUAAUUAGAAACGUUUUUAAAACCUAAUUAUACUCCUUCCUUAAGUAUAAACUAUAAAGAAGACGUGAUUUGCUAUUGAUUAACUAAAAGAAAACACAUUUUUGUCUGUGGUUUCUACAAGAUAUAUUCAAAUUUUCAAAACCAUCGAAAAUCAAUGGGAAAAUGCAUGCUACUUAAGUAGCCAUUUUUUACCGAGUACGCUUUCUACAGGAGAUUGAAAAGAAGUACAUUUAAAAGCCGACAUCCUGCCGAGUCUAAAAUGUUAUAAGAGUAUGCCUUAAGAUAAUCAGUCUCACAACCGCGACCAAGUAAUCCUUCCUAAUCGAGAACGCAUUUCAGAAUUUCAGCCAACAUUUCAUGAGAUAGGUCACGCACUGUAAAUGCCCAAUUCUUAAGACACGACCUCCAGUACAUGUGAGGAUAUUUAUUUGUGCCGAGCCCUAAGUCGUCAUUAGAUUAUUUCAGUUGGGCGCUAACAUACACGUCAACAUUAAAGAAGUCCAUAGUCCCUUCCCUCCCCCCCUGUUUGGCACGUCUGCACAACCUCAACCCUCCCCCCACACCACACUUCCUCCAUGUCCUGGCCUGGUGAUAAAUAAUCGAAAACGUGCGUGUGCUAACUUCACCGUCUUCAUAGCUUUAAGGUGGAUUGCUUUCAAUGAUAGGAAGAACGGGGGACAAGUUUAAUAAAUUUGCUUAUAUGACUAAGAGCAGAAAGUAUUUGUGAUUUUCUAUGUGAUAAAUGGAUUAACGCGGAAGAAAUAGGCUUUAGCGCCUAGUAUUAAGCAUUUUGCAGGAUCUUCACUUCGCUGCAUGAACUCGGUUCAUCAUCUUAAAAACUGCUUUCUUGUUGCCAUCCAUCAAAAGACAAGUCCAAUGAAAUUAUACCACAAAUAACUAUUUCUUGGUUAUUUUAUCCUGUAUAUGGGGACAGCACAAAUACCAACAUAAAAGAUUAUGCACUGCUUUACCACAAGCUGUAGUGUUGCGACAUGGAUUACCUUAGGAAACGAAAGGCCAAAAUAGGAUAUUUCGUACAGUACAGUCAGUGACCGAUCUCAUGGGAUGGUAACCCUAAUUGCGAAAUGUGUUUUCGACUUGGGAGUAUUACCUAAGUGCGGUUGUAAUAUUUACCAGUGUGAGCAUCAUCUUAAGAUAUUUCAGUCGCACCAAGCGACCGGCUUAUAAAUGCCAUUCUUUUCGGUUGCCUGUGAAAACCUCAUUAAACAUAAAAUGACUGCUGAAGCAGCAGGAAUAGCCUUUCUUGCGCCCGCUUCAUAAUAAACCAUGUCUUCUUCAAAUUUCAUUCUUUCAGAUAGGGUAUCUUUUAUCCGCUCAACUAUCGCUGUAUCGCUCUGCUUGUCAAAGUGUCUUAUAACGCAUGCAACGCAGUCCACGUCGAUCGGAAAAUUUUAUGAGUCCUAUAUACCAAACUCCUAAUGACAUAGGGGAAUGUAUGAUCUUUACUUUGUGAUGAGUAUGCAGCUUGUGAACUGUUAUCUUGAACGUAAAUGCAACGGCAGACGGAACACGCGAUCAUUUAGAGUUGAAAACUUUGUUCAGACCCAAUUAUAAUCGAUUUUCAGGCAAAAAAUUUGAAGAAGAAGAAGAAGAAGAAAAAGUGAUUUGCCACCGAAAGAGUACAAAUAAGGAUAUUUUUGUAUGCUUUCUGUGAUGUAUGAUGUAACUUGGAAGGAAGUCGAAAGUUGGUGGAAAACAUUUCUACUUCUUAAGUAGCCAUUUAUUUCGGGUAUGGUUUUCACAUGCGGCCAAAAGGAAGAGCAUUCAAAGACGAGCAUUCUGGCGUGACUAAAGCAUCUUUGGGCCAUAGUGCACGAUAAUCAUUAUUGAAACCCGACUUAUGUAAUCCUACCUAAUCCAAAGCCCAUUUCGAAUUUCGGCUAGCACUGCAUACGAUCAGUCAUUGACUGUAUGUUCAUUAAAAGAUGAUACUCAGUCUACACCUACUUGGGCUCAUAACAGUAUGUCCUUGGUCGCAUGUGUAGCAAAAUGUCUAUUUUGUCCGAGUGAGAUGCAAUGCCAACUUCUGCCUUCUUCGUCCUAACAUUUCUAGGAUAAAAAGUAAGGAUAUUGCUACGAUACACUGUAGUUCAUCCUUAAGUUGGCAGUUUGGGCAAACUCAUCUUCCAUUGGUUGGUCGGGGAGCGCCUUGUGGCUUCUUUAGAUAACUUGGGCAAUAUGCUUUUUUUACACUGACUGAAAGUGUAAUUCUGUUUGUGAAAAUACCUUCUUCCCAACCAUCCGUUAAACCUUGCCUAGAAACCGAUGUUUAAGAAGUGCGUAACAUUUAGUUAGGUUUGUUAGACAGAAUAUCGUGGAGAGUUAUUCAAAAAUUUAAAUGACGUUGUGUCAGGCAAUGUUUUUUCCCAAAGACAUACGGGUGGGCCUUACAUGAAGGUGAGAGGUCGGUAAAAGGUAACUAGUUCCGAUUACGACGGAAAUUGCUCAAAUGUCAAUACAUGCAAAAAGCUGAGUUUCGGCAACCACUUGAGGAUAAGAUGCAAUUGCUGAACUAAUGCUUCACCUCUCGGAUUUUCACUCAAACUACUCAUCAGAGGCAGCCUCAGACAAGAAUGAUGAGACGCACGACUGGAGCGGCAUAUAUAGGCUUCAGCUGCCAUGUUACCACAUGUUCAAUCGAAAUUGACAGCUCUUACAUUCGUCGCCGACAGCCGCACUUAGUGCGACGGUUCCUUGCUCGUCCCCACCCAGUCGUUAAUUGUCACAAUUUCCCUACCGGUGUUGCAAUAAUGACUCGGUAACUUGGGUCGCCAAUACUAUUACCGAAGGCGGUGUUCGCCUUCGUACUCAGCGCAGGCAGUUUCAGCACCGAAUGUGUCGGAGGGAGGUUGUUGCGUUCAUUGGCUCAGGCAGCUUGCAGCACACACAGUCGUCAUAUUUUACAAGAGUUUUGACCUCGCCGGACUUAAGUGUGUGACCGGGUCCUGUCGAAUGAACAGCGGCUUUGGAGCCGUCUCUAUCCUUACCACUGCUGCUGCAUGUUUGGCCAUCCGCGCUCUACAUUUUACCCAGUUUCUGCGAUGGUCAUACCUUUCCCACUACUGUAGCUAAUUCAGCGAACAACCCCAGUAUUAAUGAGUCUGACACUUACCUCUGUUCUGUAUACAACCCCAAAUCCAAACAGAGUUAGAAGGUGACCGACGGCUUUUAAGACAUUCUUAGCAUGCGGGAGUGUCUCCAAAAUAUGGGGUCGGUGCAAUACAGUCUCUCGUUUCAUUUGCCCAGGCAAUAAUUGACGAAGUUGCAAUGACUCUCAUCGUCCUCAGCACCCGUCCACGGUAUUUCAUUUCGUCAACAUUUUAUUCUGGUUCAUUGCAGUGGGUCGCAACACGCAGUUAUAAUGCCCUUGCGCACUUGUACUUGUGCUGGAUUUGAUGGUUGUUGCGGGGGAUUAUUAAAUACCUUCUUUUGUUCAAUUUCUUAAACGCUUUAGGUUUAAGCAGCUACAGUCUUUGUGGCAAACGACGACAUCCAAGAAAACUAACCGGUUGUUUUCCUCAUUCUUUAUUGUAGACUUAUUGUCCUCGGAAACGGUAGUGAAAUGUUCUGUGAGUGAAGGCACUCAGUUGUGUUCGAUGACAAUGAAGUAAUCUUCCGCAUACCUGGCCCAGAAUUUUGUCCUGAAGUGUCGGAAGACCAGCAAAUCCAACGGACGCAGGACCGCCUCGGCCACUAGUCCCAAACUGGUUAACGCCAUUGAUGUGCCUUUCACCUGCUCACAGACUGUCCUGUUAAAAUUGUUGAUGGGAGAUCUUCACACCACCCUAGACACUAUGUCGAAGGCGGGCAAACUCAUUUCCCUUGGUGACUUCAAGACCCGCGUCGGCAAAAAUCACGUAAACUGGGAACAAGUGUUCGAUCGCAACGAGGUCGACAGCUACAACAACAGCGGACAUUACCUCCUACAGACCUUCACGGAAAACACUUCUAGCCUUAUCAACACCUUCUUCCGUCCGCUAAACCGCAAGAAAGGAAUGGACUGCAAUCUCACUCGUACCACUGGCAUCCGCUAG